AUGUCUGUCAACUCGACGAGGAGCACGGUGGCCAAUGGUCGGUUGACCGAUGCACAGCUCUAUCAGUGCGUCGAGCUAGUUAUAUUGCCUUCGAGUCGCGUAUCUCUCGUACUCAUCACACCACGACCACGCAAACCGCAAGAAGAAGAAAGCGACGCUGAGACCCCCACGACUCCCGCCACCUCGCGCCCCGAGUCAUCUCGUCUCUCGCAAUUGAUCAACUUUGCGGACUUGAUUCCCCGGAGCGAGGGUCGCGAAGUCAAGUUCCCCAAGGACUUUAUCAAGGCCAUCGACGAAAAGUUGCAGAGGAUUGCGAUUGGGAAAGAUGCUGCACCAGAAAUUUGUCAACAGAUGAAAGAAAACCGCCGAAUCGAGGAACUUAUUCUGAUGUACGUCACGUCCUCGACUACGAUCCUCAAAAAGGACAAGCAGCUCUCCGAGGCCGACGGAUGGAAACUCGAGCUCAACAAGCAGGUUGCUAUUUUUAUCCGCAUCCUGCGAGAGACCCUUCGCAGCGUGCACCAUGUUCCGCCGAACUCAACUCGCGAUUGGACAUCCGCCAAGGAGAGGGAUUCGUGGGUGCAGAUUCCGUCCGAGACUUCGAUUGCGGAUAUGCCGCUUGUUCAGACGGUCGGAAAGCUGUUUGGGAUUGAGGAUGCCGAGUUGCAAAGGGACGUUAGCGCUGCGGCUAGAGUGUGUACCGAUAGGGCGGCAAUAGUUGAUUUAAAGACAUGUCUCAAGAACAUCACGGUCGGAAUGCCCUUUCCGGGCCGUCGUGAAGAUUUCCAAAACGAUGCGGCCUACAAUCAUUGGAAAACGACUGAAAACUCUCAGUUGUCUCAGCUUAUGGUGGCUAUGAUCCGUCACAAUCCUGCUCUCGCCAAGUUUACCCCCUCGGAAAUUUCCUCGACGGUUGCUAGUGCUGUUGCUGCACGUCCCGAGUCCAUAUAUGGGGACGCGAGCGAUAGCGAUGCAGAGAUAGAAACAGCCGAUUCCUUCACAUACAUUCCUCCGAACCCGAAAAAAGCAUACAAGCGGCUAGUGGAGCUGUGCGUGGACGCGGACCUGAGCGCGAUGGUUACCCUCCCAGAAGAUCAAGAGGUGUCCCUCACUAUCCUCAGCCAACGAAACCACGAAAUCAUCAAUGAGUGCGCGUAUGAGCGUGAAGAGGUUCCUUUGGAGUGUGUCCCCGAAGCAUUGCAGGUGGUCAACAAAACUAUUUCAGAGACGGCGUUGGAUUUAUGGCCGUUGCCAGAUAUUGAUUACCUAUCAACCAUAUAUGGCGCGUUGUACAAUGUAUUGCUAGGAAUGAUCUAUCAUUCCAUCAGAGAACUCACAAAGCUGAACCCAAAUGCCAUUCUUCAAUUCGAUGAUAUUCUCCGCCUGCUCGGACAUGAAUUGUUGGCGCGCUACGAGGACGAAAUCGCGAACCGGCUUCGAGAACUGUCCGAUCACAUUCGUACGACGGCCGUUCACGAGUAUACCGAAACGAGCAACGACGUGUUUGGGUUAGAAGACCCGGACAUAUCGUUCCCAUUGUUGGAGCUCUCCACCAAGGUCGAAAAGACGGCCAAGAAGCUAGAUAAACAGUUUGGCGAGCCGUUGACCGGGAACAUAGACUUGGUGUCCCUCGUAGUCGAAAGCCAGAUUCCCCUCUAUCUCGGAGAUCUCGAAGAUCAACGAACGCCGUUAUACAAUGCGACAUGCACGGCCAAUCCUCCAACCACUUCCAUCGAUAGUGUUUUUAAUCUUUACCGACGAGUGGGGUCGCUCCUCAAACUGCACGCCGCCUUUUGCCCAGAUUCAGGAGUUGCCUUUGAUUUGGUUGGAUACUUUGAGCCAUAUGUGCACUACUGGAUUCGAAGCACCGACAGUAAGACGCUUCAGUGGGUCCAAGCUGCAAUUGCAGAAGAUAAGUUUGUGCCGGAAGGGGAGGACCGCAACAGUUCAUCCGUCGUUGAUUUGUUCGGCUCUUUGAACAGCCCAAUAGAAUUUAUUUUGGAUCUCGAAUGGCCCGAUGAGUAUCACAAUGCACGCUUCAUGACAAGAUUGGCUUCUACUAUCAGCCAGGCCAUCGAGAAGUAUUGCAGGUCCAUUGAAGAACUGUUUGAACAUGAGAUGUUCCCGCGCAGUGGUACAGACUUGCAACCGCAGAAACAAUCAGCCUGGUUGGAAAAGGCCAAACAGUAUGUUAGCGUCGGCGAAAAGAAGAUCGAGGUGUUCAACUUUACUCCCGAGCCUUGCGUCAAGUUGAAUAAUAUUGAGGCUGCACGGAAGCUGCUGGACAAUAUUCAGAACAAGAUGCAGAUCGAUAAGAUUGUUGCUGCGCUUGAGGACCAACCCCCGCCUCCCCCAGACAAGAACGACAAGGCCCGAUAUUUGUUUACGGUCAAGGUUGUUCAGGCCGAAAACCUUGUUUCGGUGGAUAAUAACCCAGCGGCGAUGCUUGAUACAUUUGUGGUGUUUAGUGAUGAACACGGGAACAAGUUGGCCAAGACCAAGACGAUUUAUGAUACUCUUAAUCCUCGGUGGGAGGAGACGUUUGAUAUCACCGUCAUUGAGAACCCCUUGUGGUGA